CUUUGGAAACUAUGCUAUGGUUAAGCAUUCACAACGUGUGAUCUGUGUUUCUGUUUCAUCUCACGUCUACUGCUGAAGCUCUUCAGGCUUUGUUGAGGCAGUAUUAGUGGAACAAUGCUCCUGUUAUGGAUAACAUUAUGCUUCACAUGGCCUGGUACAAUGGGCUUUACGGUCCACAGUAUUAAAGAAGGUUUAUGUCUCGAGGACUCAUUUGAAGGAGAAGUUUAUUUAAAGAAAUGCAAUUUGGACUCAGAUCUCCAGCAGUGGAUGUGGACGGAUAGAUGGUUUUUGCUAAACACAGGCACCAUGAGGUGUCUCUCCGCCGUCCACAGUGACUCCGUCCAAACCGUUGAAUGUAAUUCAGAUGAACACAUCAAAUGGCAUUGCAAAGCACAAGAGAUUUUCAGUGUGAAGAAUUCACUGUCAUUAAGUGCAGAGGGAGGAAAACUCGUUCUGGAUGUAGGUCAACACAGGUGGACGUCUCUGGAUGCAGAUGACAUCUGCCAAGACAAACUGAGAUCCAGAAGACAAAGCGAAACAGAUUUUGAGCGUGAUUUUGACGAAGACAUGCAGAAGCCCAAAAUGACAGUGGCACAGAUGAAGUUUUUACAGUGGUAUUACCGCACAGAGGACCCAACAUCAUGGAAGUUCGCCAUGCUUGGAUUUGCUUUUCUGGGUCUUCUUAUUGGCUGUGUCAUUGUGGUUAUGGAUAUGAUGGGUAGCAGGAGCAGGAAGCAAAUUGCCAAAUAUAGAUCAUCCACAAAAGUUACAGGGGUGAAACCUGAAAUGGAGGAGUUGCAGGUCAUCAUCAAAGAUCAGGUAAAGCAGGAGAAAAACUGCUCCACGCCGCUCCUGCAGAACAGCCAUACUGACAGUAAAUCCACGAAUGAACUGAAGCCAGGAGAAAUCGUGGUGACCUGGAAGGACGGCAACGUCUCUAGCUUAUAUCCUGAAGCCGUAGCGUAUGGGGAAGUCAAAGAGGAGGUCCAAAGUUUAGACAUUAAAGACUCACAUGAUGGUCAGGAUGUGGAGACUCCAAACACACCUGAUGAAUCUGAAGAUCAUGCAUUGUGAUGAUUUGGAGCUUUCACAAAUAUUAAAAGUUUGUCUUUAUUUGAGAUAUAAAUCCACUUCACUUUUGCACUGUAUUCAAUAUUAAGACGACAUCUGAUCAUUCACAUAUAUACACAGUUCUGUUAAUAAAAAAUUAAACAGGUAUUUACAUUCAUAGCAUAUAGUUUGGCUUAUAGUUUUUUACACUUAUCAAAUAAAAUAAUAAAAAUGUCACUGAAACUGUUGCAUCAGAAUCAGUCAUUAAAUAAAACACUAAAAAAUAAA